AUGAAAACUUUACAGCGAUAUCAUCGUCUUCGAAAUGAAUAUGAUCAUCAUGAACGUCGUCAUAAAAUGUUACAUUCAAUUACAAUACAAAAACGUGAUGAACUUGAAAAUCUCAUGAUUCAUAUCAAUGAAUUAUUGUUAUUAGAAGAUCAAACAAAUAUUUCUAUUCAGCCAAAUACACAAUUACAAAUAGGGCCGUAUUUCUCGUCACAUGAUCAUGGUGAUCAUUUGCCGAUUCGUGUUCCACUGGAAAGACUUCCCACAAAUGAAGAUAAAGAAUCCGAUGAUGACGACGAUCCUUUAUUACGACGUCUUAAAUUGACGAAACCAAGUCGAUUGAAAACUUCAACUCGAAACAUUUUAAAUAAAAGAAUACAUACAAUCUAUGAUGAAUAUCUUUCCGAAUGA